GUCAAAACCUACAAUCUCGUUAACACACAAUUUCGUGAAAAGCAACUGCAUGUUCUUUCUUAAUGACCAAGAAUUGUACUUCGGUAUAACCAUGCAAAUAACGAAAUUUGGUACUCAGCGAAAAACUGAUACCACCACAUACUGCUGCUCCGUGUACCAAUGUCUUAUCACCAGAGGUUUCUGUGACCCUAAUUCUUCCUGAAGCAGUAGUGCUAUGAACAUUAUGUUCUUCACUGCUCUUGAAAAUGGACUACGCACUCCUACUGCUCUGUGGUAUUGCAUUUGCAAUGAAUUCUGUGAGAGGAAAUAGUCUUGACUUUGCAAAAUGGCAAACUAAAAUUGAGGAGAAAAUCUUUUCUCUAGAGAAUGAAAAUAGAGAACUUAAACAUAGAGUUGAUGGAUUGGAAAGUCUUUUGAAAGAGUCGGAAAUAGAGAGGAUUAGAAUAGGGAACAUUGUCAAACGUCAACAAGAAAGUAUGAGGGGCUCUGACAACUUACAACAGGACCAGGGAUAUCCCAGGAAUCAAAACGAAUUGCAGGGUGACAAAAAGUCGAGUAAUGCUACACAUCGUAAAUGUGACUGUGGUAGUGAACAUACGGAGCGCAGAAUGCAGGGAAUAGUGCCACCGACUAGCCAUCCAAUCACAGAGGCUGUAAUAUUUCACAGUCACAUGUCACAAAGUAGUCCCACCAACUUGGCUGCACACCACAUUCUCCAAUUUGAUGUUAAUUCUGUUAACAAAGGGAGUGGAUAUCACGUAGAUAAUGGAAUAUUCGAGUCACCAAGAGCGGGAACAUAUGUCUUCUUUUGGUCAAUAUAUACGUACCCCAGAGGAAUAAUCCGCACGGAGUUAGUUGUCAAUGGUAACGUUAUUGGUGGCGCGCUGGCAGACAGUCACCCUGAUGAUGGAAUAAUGAGUGCUACUGGUGUUGCCAUGACAGAGUUAUCUAUUGGAGACCAUGUGUACGUUAGACUUGCUUACACUGCUAUCAACUACAUUCUUAGUGAAGCAGACGGCAGAUCUACAUUCUCGGGUUGGCUUUUGCAUUAAACACAUUAAUGGAAGUAAUGGUCUUGUCAACUUCAAUAAACUAAUGAAGAAAACAUUC